AGGAGAUGACCAGAGACUGCAGACACAGUACAGGAGAUGACCAGAGACUGCAGACAUAGUACAGGAGAUGACCAGAGACUGCAGACACAGUACAGGAGAUGACCAGAGACUGCAGACAUAGUACAGGAGAUGACCAGAGACUGCGGACACAGUACAGGAGAUGACCAGAGACUGCAGACAGUACAGGAGAUGACCGGAGACUGCAGACAUAGUACAGGAGAUGACCAGAGACUGCGGACAGUACAGGAGAUGACCAGAGACUGCGGACACAGUACAGGAGAUGACCAGAGACUGCAGACACAGUACAGGAGAUGACCAGAGACUGCAGACAUAGUACAGGAGAUGACCAGAGACUGCGGACACAGUACAGGAGAUGACCAGAGACUGCAGACAUAGUACAGGAGAUGACCAGAGACUGCGGACACAGUACAGGAGAUGACCAGAGACUGCGGACACAGUACAGG